AUGGACCCCAGUUUCUUCACCUUUCUCUUCUUCUUUUUCUUUCUUCUUCCCCACCCCAUUUCUGCAUCAAAUCUAUACAAAAUCAAACAACUUAACUCGGAUUCUCUUUCUCAAUCCACAUCCUCACAUGAUUCUCUUACUCCACAAUCACCUACUCAAUACUUUGAGGUUACAAAACCCAUUGAAAUCCCAAAAACUAAACCUUGUUCAUACCAUGUUCUUCACCAUGAUUUUGGUUACACAUAUGGAAAGCCUCCAGUUUUUGCUAAUUACACCUCUCCCUCACAUUGCUCAUCCACUAAGUUUUCCAAAAUUGUUCUUGAAUGGAAAGCAACGUGUGAAGGAAGACAAUUUGAUCGCAUUUUCGGUGUUUGGCUUAGUGGUGUUGAGUUACUCAGAAGCUGUACAGCAGAGCCAAGAGCCAAUGGAAUUGUUUGGAGUGUUGAAAAAGACAUCACAAGGUAUCAUUCUUUGUUAUUCAAUCAUCAUCAACAGAAUCAAACCCUAGCUAUUUUUUUAGGAAAUAUUGUCGACAAAACUUACACCGGUGUUUAUCAUGUUGAUAUCACUCUUCACUUUUACCCUUUUCUCGUCAACAAUCAUAAGACAAAAAAGUUGAAUCCUUUAGCAUUUACAACUGAUUCUCAUGCUGAUUUGAUCCUGCCCAUUUCAAGAAAUCUCCCACUCAAUGAUGGGUUGUGGUUCAAUAUUCAGAAUUCAACUGAUGUUGCUUUGAAGGAAUUCAGUGUUCCACAAAAUGCUUAUAGGGCUGUGUUAGAGGUUUAUGUUUCAUUUCAUGAGAAUGAUGAGUUUUGGUAUAGUAAUCCUCCAAAUGAAUAUCUUGCUGCAAAUAACAUAACUAAUUCACCCGGUAAUGGACCCUUUAGAGAGGUUUUAGUUACUCUUGAUGAUAAACUUGUUGGUUCUGUUUGGCCUUUUACUGUGAUCUACACUGGAGGGGUUAAUCCUCUCUUAUGGAGACCUAUUACCGGCAUUGGUUCAUUUGAUCUUCCAUCCUAUGAUAUCGAAAUUACGCCUUUUUUGGGGACAAUAUUGGAUGGAAAGAAUCAUUUGUUUGGGUUCAAGGUAACAAAUGCAUUGAAUGUUUGGUAUAUUGAUGCAAAUUUACAUCUUUGGUUGGACGCAAAGAGCGUUAGAACGGAAGGAGUACUACUGAAUCACAUUGACAAACCUUUGGUUGAAUCUAUAGUAUCCGAUUUUAACGGUUUAAACGGAACGUUCUUGACUAAUGCAAAGAAAUCCAUUUUGUCUAGUGGAUGGAUUAGAUCCUCCUUUGGUAACAUCACAACUAGUUUUGUUCAAGAUUUUACUUACUACAGUUCAAUGGCAAUGAGGAAGGAUGGAGAGAAACAAACUGUGAAUCAAAUUAUAUCGUUCAACGACAGUGUUCGUGUUAAACUUCCAUGGUCGCAUCUAGAUUUGGUCGAUGAUACAAACAGAAAUUUUUCUCUUUACUUGGACUCAGAUGAACUAGACCAAGAUAAUGAAACUUAUUUAGCUGUUUCGAAUGUUACAUUAGGAUUUGAUGUGAAUAAGUCUAAGAGCGAGGAUUCUGGAUUUUGUAAGAGCUAUCUAAAUAAUGUGCAAGAUAGCCAGGGUAAAAUGGUGGUUAAGAAGAAUCUGGUUGUUAGUGGAGUGGGAGAAACACAGCAAGAUUACAGAUAUGAAAGUAAUGAAGGCUGCUACUUUAGAAACAUUGGAAGCUCAAAUUACACAAUUCUAUAUGAUAAAGUUAAACAUUCAUGCAACAAAAGAAGUCACUCUCCUCUUGGCUUUAAUAUUAUCGAAAAGAUUCCCAUUAUGAUUAUUCUAUAG